GCAAGAAGGGGGCGUGGUUACAGUGUGACUUACUGAGCGCUGAUCGCGACGACAGUCAGCUGGGGAGAGGCAGGCGUUUGCGCGCGCGCGUGCCGACCAACCGGGAAGCGAAGCGCAAGUUGAGCAAGACCCCGUACAACGGCGCAGGCUACAAGUCGAGGAGAUUUCUACCCACUACAUCCAUUCCGUCCCCAUCAUGGCCGACCCAGCGGCUGCGGAGGAUGCGGGGGGCGCGCGAGGCUUCGCCAGGCAGGGCGCGCUGAGGCAGAAAAACGUGCACGAAGUGAAGAACCACAAGUUCAUCGCGCGCUUCUUCAAGCAACCGACCUUCUGCAGCCACUGCACCGACUUCAUCUGGGGUUUCGGCAAGCAAGGCUUCCAGUGUCAAGUGUGCGGUUUCGUGGUCCACAAACGCUGCCAUGAGUUUGUUACUUUCUCCUGCCCCGGGGCCGACAAGGGCCCCGCAUCAGAUGACCCUCGAAGUAAACAUAAGUUCAAGGUACACACAUACUCCAGCCCCACAUUCUGUGACCACUGUGGUUCUCUACUGUAUGGACUCAUACACCAGGGGAUGAAAUGCGACACUUGUAUGAUGAAUAUUCAUAAACGAUGCGUGGAGAAUGUUCCCAGCCUGUGUGGAACAGACCACACCGAGAGGAGAGGACGCCUGCAAAUCAAUGCUAGUAUCACCAAUAAUGUUCUCAGCGUGACCAUCAAGGAAGCUCGUAACUUGGUGCCAAUGGAUCCAAACGGCCUGUCGGAUCCAUACGUGAAGCUUAAAUUAAUUCCAGACCCAAAGAGCGAGAGCAAGCAGAAGACCAAAACCAUCAAGUGCUCCCUCAAUCCUACCUGGGACGAACACUUCAGCUUUAACCUCAAAGAUACAGAUAAAGACAGGCGUUUGUCAGUGGAGGUGUGGGAUUGGGAUCUGACCAGCAGGAAUGACUUCAUGGGGUCGAUGUCUUUUGGCAUCUCUGAGCUGCUGAAACAAGGUGUCGACGGAUGGUUUAAGUUGCUGGGCCAAGAGGAGGGGGAGUAUUUCAGCGUUCCAGUUCCACCAGAUGGAGAGGAGGGCAAUGAAGAACUGCGGCAGAAAUUUGAGAGAGCCAAGAUUGGCCCUGGCACUAAGAAUACAGAUGGCUCUUCAAAGAAUGACAUCUCCAAGUACGAUGCCAAUGGCAACCAAGACCGCGUGAAGCUCUCAGACUUCAACUUCAUCAUGGUGCUGGGCAAAGGCAGCUUUGGCAAGGUGAUGCUCGCCGAGCGCAAAGGCUCAGAUGAGCUGUACGCAGUGAAGAUCUUGAAGAAGGAUGUGGUGAUUCAGGAUGAUGAUGUGGAAUGCACUAUGGUGGAGAAGAGAGUUCUCGCUCUCUCUGGCAAACCACCCUUCCUCACCCAGCUCCACUCCUGCUUUCAGACCAUGGACCGUCUUUACUUUGUGAUGGAGUAUAUCAAUGGUGGAGAUUUGAUGUAUCAAAUACAACAAGUGGGAAAAUUUAAGGAACCCCAUGCUGUGUUCUAUGCUGCAGAAAUUGCCAUCGGCUUGUUCUUUCUUCAUUCAAAGGGCAUUAUUUACAGAGAUCUGAAGCUGGAUAAUGUGAUGUUGGAUGCUGAAGGCCACAUUAAAAUUGCAGAUUAUGGCAUGUGCAAAGAAAACAUGUUUGAUGGGGCCACAACCAAAACCUUCUGUGGCACUCCAGACUACAUCGCCCCAGAGAUCAUUGCAUAUCAGCCGUAUGGCAAGUCUGUCGACUGGUGGGCUUAUGGAGUUCUCCUCUAUGAAAUGCUGGCAGGACAGCCCCCUUUUGAUGGUGAGGAUGAAGAUGAGCUUUUCCAGUCCAUCAUGGAGCAUCAUGUGUCUUACCCCAAAUCCAUGUCCAAAGAAGCAGUGGCCAUAUGCAAAGGGCUGAUGACCAAGCAUCCAGGGAAGCGUCUGGGCUGUGGACCGGAGGGAGAGCGAGACAUUAAGGAACACGCUUUCUUCCGCUACAUGGACUGGGAAAAACUGCAAAAUAAGGAAGUUCAACCUCCCUUCAAACCUAAAGCAAAAAAUCGACGUGACGUAGGUAAUUUUGACAAGGAGUUCACCAAGAUGGCGGUUGAGCUGACACCAACGGAUAAACUCUUCAUUAUGAAUCUGGACCAAAAUGAAUUCCAAGGCUUCUCCUACACCAACCCUGAGUUUGUCAUCCAGGUUUAACACCAAACUUCAGUUGAUUGCUCCAUACAGGUGUGAGAGCAGGACACGCUCGGUCUUAUUACUCAGAUAGCAUCAUUUUGUCCCUGUGCCACCUGAAACGGCACAAACCCAGCAGGUUCAUACAGAACCAAACCAGGAUUAUACUCAGUCUCAACCAAGGCCUCAGAAACUCUGAAAUGAAUUUGCCAGAGGAGAGAGAACGGUUAUAAUAGAGUGUAUUCAUAGUCUCCAUGAGAAUGUCUUGUGUUUUCAUCUCCAUGAGAAUUAUCCUACCUCUUUCCUUUUUCCUGCAGCCCCUCAUUUUCAAAUGAAUUAGCCUGACAACAUGCAGCACUAAUGGCCUUUUCCAGAGCUAAUUAGGCCUUACGCAACCUUGAACCAUUUACGUUACAAUCUGCUCUAAAUUAGUAAAGCAUUUUGUUAUCAAUUCAAAGUCAAGUUCCCGUGCAUCAGUGAGUGAUAGAUGAGGAAAUAUCCUCAAGCACUUCUUGCUAGAUGUUUGUUUAGAUGGUUGAUAUCUGUCAGCUUGGUCUGAGAUUCUCAGCAUUACAGCUAAAUAUUUAAAAUAAUGACAUCCAUAUGGCCUUUAGUUUGCUCCCAGCAUAAUGUCUCCUGUUCAUGAGAUGCUCUUUAAAUUCUUUGUGUCAUGAUAACUUGAGGGGAAAACAUAAGACAACAGGGUUGAUUUAUAAUUUGGAUAAAGCUUUGAAAAUCAUAACUUUACAUGAAAACGGUUGACAUUUGUGGUGCCAGAAAUAUGUUGAUUGUAUGCCUUUAUUGCUGAUCAGUCUUGAAUCAAUUAAUGAGCUUAACUCCGAGAGCAUCAUAUUGAUUUUGCUUUUUGAAAAUUUUCAGUUGAAUUUUCUCUGGGAAUUCUGUGCUCUUGUUAUUAUGACAGUCAUAUUUAUAAGAUAAGGAGGGUAAUUAUAACACAAGUCAUAAUUAUGACAUAAAAAGUCAUAUUUAUGAGAGGAAAAUCAGUCAUACUUUCAACUUGUUUUAUUUUUUAAUCUUACAAUUUCAGCUUUUUAAAAGUGAUGACUUUUUGUCAGAAUUUUGCCCCUUUUUUUAAUAAUGACUUUUAUCAUAAGUUUUAUGUCUCAAUUUCAACUUUUUAUGUCUGCAUGACUUAGUACGUAAAUUUUGACAUGAAUUCAUGUCAUAAUUAUUUACCAAAAGCAUGAUUUUCCCUUGUGUGAUGGAAUUGGAUUUUUAAAGAAAAGUUGGCAUAUGUUUGAGAGGGAAACCUUCUGCAAGCAUGACACAAAGAGAAUAAAAUGCAAAAAGCAGUGACUGUAGCAUCAAAUAACAUCAAAUUAAAAUAUGCUUACAAAAAAUGGAUUGUAUGACAAUACAGCCGUUUGAUGUGCAAUGUGAUGAGAAUUACAGAUCCUGACUGGAAAAUGUUAGAAUGCACUUUCAACCUUAACUGUGUUUAAAGCAUUGAGUUUCACCAUUUCUUUUCAAUUUAUUUUUGAACAGCUGACAAGUGCAUGCGGUUGCAAUCCUUGAUAAGGUGCAUUAGUGCUGUUUACUGAAUUGGCAUCAGGGGUUGUUCCAUGCAUAUCACUGGCUGCAGAGAAUGUGAUUCAUUCAGUAUGAGCUGAAAACUACAACAUUAGCUACUGUACCAGUCUUGACUGAAACCCUAAUGUGCCAUAUAUUUUUGUGGGGGAAUCUGCAGUGUUUGGGGAACUCGUUAUGUGCAAUGUGUCUGUGUUAAACAGACUCCACAAGGAGUUUUAGUCUACCCUAUGCAUGCCUGGUAGAGCCCUUGCUCUUUAACUCGGUGUUAACUUAUUAACUAAGUGUGUCAGUAAUGGUUGGAUCUGUUGUAGCAUAGAUCCUUAUAAGGGUUAUGGUGUGUGAACAGUUCUAUUUGUUUAUGUUUUAUUUUGUAAUUAGAUAUAUGAAAUAGAAAUAUAAGUAUUCUAGUCUUCCAAAUGAAAACACGUUGUGUGAUCAUGUAAACAGUGAUAAGUAUAAUCUGCUUUUCCUGAGGUGAUAACUGGAAAAGUGGGGAUAAUGUAUAAAGAUAUUGUAUAAUAUUUAUUGUAUAGUGUAUAUGGAGGGUUAAAUGUUUGUGAAGACCUGUAGCCUGAACUACAAAGAUGUGAGAGCUGGAAAAAGAGAUUGAAAAGCUUUUAUUUGAAAGCAACUGUUUGUUUUUAAUAAUCUUUAAAUACAGUUUCAAAAUCAUUCUGAUGGUUCACUGACUUUUAAUAAUGCAAAUGGAUUCUGUUUCUUUUCUGCUCCGCGAAAAGGGUGGAUUGCUUCAUUAUGGCAGUAACAUUAUUGCUUUAACUGGACUUUUAUAAAAAAAUAUAUAUAUAUAAAACAAAGUGAUAAAAUAGCAUAUAGCUGACGACCUUACUAGCGUUACUGUCCUAAACUAAAUCUCUUCGGCAUGUGCGUAACUGUAAAUGAAUUAUGUGGCCUUUACGCAAUCAAGGUAAUUGUCACACCUCGAACAAACAUGCACACUUUAAUAUUGUAAUCCCUGGCCCUGUUUAGUAGGCAGUUAUUAUUUUAGUUUUUCUAUCAUGUUUUAAUGAUGAAGGGUUUAAAGGGCUUCCUGUACAAGAAUGAAUCCCCCCCAAAACAAGUUUUAUACUAUGCAAGACAGAUGCAAGUCAACAACGACACAUCGACAUAACAUCCAGACAGCAGCAGUGGUUGGCUAUGGGGAGGGCUAUCGCUGGUAAUUGCAAAGAUAUUUUGCAUGUUAUUUAUUUAUGCUAUGUGGAUUAUUAAAGCUGAAGUUUUCAUAUGCCAAUAUGUGUGUUUGUAAUUUUUGUUGUUUUUGUUAUGAGGUUCCAUAGAGAAUCCAUAGGUUCUAAGGUUAUUGGCCCAUUCACAAGAAAGUGAGAAAUGUGUAGGCUCAGUCAU